UCGGUCCUUCCUUCUCUCCCUCCCUCCCGCAGAAUUAAACUAGUCGAAGAUGGUGUCGUCGAUGGCAUCCCGGCAAGGCCGCCAGUUGCAGCGUUACAGCAAGUCUGGACGACGCCUUGUUGUAGGGUGCAUCCCAUACAAGUUUGAUCUCGGCGACCACAACGACGACGACGAGCCUUCGGUGCAGGUUCUCAUCAUCACUUCUUCCAAAGGCAAUAAUAAUGAGUUUAUGUUCCCAAAGGGAGGCUGGGAAACUGAUGAGACUAUAAAGCAAGCGGUCUCGAGGGAGGCAAUGGAGGAAGCAGGAGUGCAAGGCACUAUCCAAGGAAGAAUUGGGACGUGGGUGUACAAGAGCAGAACGCAUGAAGCACACUACCAGGCAAUCCUGUUCCCCAUGAAGGUCACAGAGGAACUCGCCCACCAGUGGCCGGAGAUGCAUCAAAGGCAACGAGCAUGGGUGUCGAUUGCUGAAGCCAAGGAGAGAUGCCGCCAUUGGUGGAUGAAGGAAGCAUUGGAUAGAAUGGUGAAAAUGAUAUAAAUACAUCAAUCAGGGAACGACUCUACUCGAUCGAUCGAGCGUAUCAUUGUUUAUUUAUUUUCUAUCUUUGACAGUAGCGAUAGCAAGAGACAAAUAUAGAGCAUUUGGACACUAUGAAAUAAUUUUUCCUUUCCACUAAUCAGUUUUUGUCCUUUAUAA